AUGAUUGAUAGGAGAGGGAAAAAGCGGGAACUGGGAACGUGGGAAGUUAGAAGAGAACGCAGAAACAGAGAAACUCUAAUCGCCAUGGACAUGAUCAGCGACUUGCCGGAUUGCAUACUGUUACACAUCCUCUCCUUCCUCCCUACCAAAACCGCCUUCCUCACCACCGUCCUCUCUCGCCGCUGGACCCACCUCUGCCACGACCUCCAACACCUCCACUUCGAACAAAACCAAUUUCGAAACCGCAAUACUUGGCCAGAUUUGUUCUUUAUCGUUAAUUGGAUUCUCUCCCGCCACAAAGCGCCGCCAAUUCGAACCUUUCGUCUCACCUGUAUCCUACAUAAAUGCGAUGAACACACUCUGGAGGGGGUUAUUAGCAAGGUUUUAGGGCCAAACCUCGAGGAGUUGAACCUCCAACUCUCCUCCAUCUGGUGCUCCGAUCUCAAAAUCGUUAUUCCCAAUGGCGUUUUCAGCUGCACUUCCCUCGUGACUCUCUGUUUAAACGGCGGCUGCAUAAAAUUCCUUUCGCCUUCUUCUUCUCCGUCGUGCCGUUAUCACUUGCCGUCACUCAAGACACUGCAAUUGUAUAAUGUCGAAACCUCUGUUGGUAACUUGGAGGAGCUUCUCUCUCACUGCCCUGCUCUUGAGACUCUUAUUCUUGAGUCAGUCUGUCAAUCCCGCAAGGAGGGCCAAUUGAGUAUUUGUUUUCCUUCUUUGAAGAGUUUGCACUUCAAAUCUUAUUUCGGUGACGCUCUUAGAUUACUUCUUGUUAUAGACACACCAUCUCUUAAACGUCUUGAUAUCCUAGUUGUGGAGGGGUUUCGCGAGAUCCGUGUUCGCAACUUGCACAAUGUGGAGGAAGCCAGUAUCAACAUUGCUAAGCAAUCCUUUGUUCUCGAGUUUCUUGUGGAGCUUUGCAGGAUAAGGAUUUUGGAGCUGGGUUUAUUAGUGUUUGAUUGUUUGCCUGAGGCUCUUCCGCAUCGUAUUCCGGAGUUUACCUGUUUACAGAGGCUAGAGCUUACUGUUAGUUGGUUCGACACCAGAUACAUAAUGGAUAUGCUUCACAAAUGUCCCAUGCUUAAACUUCUUGCUAUUGUUUUUAACGUUAGAAAAUAUGAAAUGGAUCCACAUCCGUCACGAAAAUGGGAACUCCCUGCGAAGAUUCCUACUUGUCUUGCAUCGCAUCUGCAAGUGAUUAAAAUCAAGAGAUAUUAUGAAUCCAGAGAUGAUAGAGAUUUCUUCGCCUAUGUUCUUCAACAUGGACUUGUUUUCGAAUCACUUGAUAUUCAGGUGGAUCGUGCCAGAGCUAAAGGAUUUCCAGAAGAAAUAUCACUUUUGCCAAGGAGCUCUAAGGCGUGCCAAAUUAACUUUUGCUGGAUUUAA